AUGGCUCGCGAGGAAGAAAAUCUUUCAAUCGCGGCGUUGAGCGGCGGAGAGGGCGAUUCCGUCGACAGGACGCUUCUUAUCGCCGAUAUGGACUUUGGCGAGAUCGAAACAUUUGAUAGCAACACCGCGCCCGCCCCUUUUUCGUCGCAGGCUUUUUCAUCGCAGGGCUUUUCGUCGCAGGCCGCCCCCGAAGCUGUCAUGGCGGAAGACGGCUCGGUGAGAAGGUCCAGGAGAGAGAGGAGAGAGAAGAGAGAUUACAAGCCUAGAUCGUCUCAAGAGGGCGCUCUCCUCAGUUCGUCCGUCCCCGAGGGAGCGCUGGAUUCGACCAGGAAUCGUCGGAGAUCCAAGAGAAAGUCGGCCAAAGAUGCAGCAGGGCUUCCUAGCAGCUCACCGCAGCAGAUUGCCCAACCCGAAGAAUUCAGCAACACGCCGUGGGACCAGUUGCUGCAGGAAGCCGAGGCGGCUUCGUCGCAAAUGCAGAGGAAGCGCAAGUUGCGAGGUUCGGCGAAUGCGGGGGAGCAAAGGAAGAAACAUAGGUCCCACGGUCACGAGCCCAAUAACCAAAAGGCGGAGGAGGAUCACGGCGCCUCGGAACCCACCGCCGCAUCGUCCCUCAUACGAAAAGGGAAAGAGAAACACCGUAAAGCCGACGAUGCUAUCUACGAAGGCUAUGACGCAGCGUUCGAUCUUGAGAGAUCACGAAGUGCUGCCCGAUUGCGCCGACGAGGCCGUUCAGCUGAAGCUUGGUCUAACGAGAAUGGUGGUUCUGCCUCUGGCCUGAUGGAGACCGACUCGGGAGAGCCCGAGCGUGCUCACCACGGCGCUACUGCCGUUCUAGACGAUGAAAUGUCGAGCGUCACCGAUAAGGACCUUGUUGUCGAGCGCAUUGUGCGGGAGGCAUGGCGAGAGCACCAAAGCGAAAAGCUCAACCUAGAGAAAAAGGCCAAUGGCGAGAAAAACGGCGAGCUAAAUGGUAAGCCAAACGGCGACUCAACCGAUCGGCCGAAUGGCCAAGACGAAAUCAGGAUGCCCGACCAGUAUCCUCCGGAGCUUCUCGCCGCCAGCCUCGAGGCAAGCACCGCCGAGACCCAGCAGCCCAGCCCUAAAGGCAGAAAAUUACGCAAGAGGGCCAAGCCGACCUUUUUCGAAAUGCCAAUUUCCGAGGCUGCAGUUGAUGACGAUGAUGCUGCUGCUGCUGCCGAUGUAGAUGUCUGGCGAGAGCUACCUUCGCCGUCGGCGGCGACACCGAAACCUCGCAAUCGCACAAAGAAAGCCGCCAAGAAAGAGUCUCGCGGUCGCAAGCCGAAGAGAGAAAAGCCAGGCCAAGCUGUGCGCGAUGGAUCCGGCAACGAAGGUACAGCCCACGACAGACGAAACCGCUUAGCUGGGUACACGCGGGGUCGGUUCAGCGACGACGAACUGGCUCGCAUUGCCGACGUCGUGGAGAACUUCCGGGUGGAGCAGGCCCUUAGCCAGCCAGAAGUGAACCACCUCAUUCAGCAGCCAGGCGGUACCGCAGCGGGCAGGACGAACGAGCAGCUUUGGCUUCGAAUAUUUGCCGUCUGCCCUGACCGCCACAGACAGAAACUCAUCAACAUCACUCGCAAAAAGUUUCACAACUUUGUUGCUCGCGGCACCUGGACCGCGGAACAGGAUGCCGAGUUGACAGCGCUCAUAUCUGUCCACGGCACCAAGUGGUCCCACAUUGCCGCCCUCAUCAAUCGCCACCCGGAGGAUCUUCGCGACCGGUACCGCAACUACACCGUUUGUGGAAGGAACCAGCGCAAAGAUGCCUGGACAGAGGAGGAGGAGGCUCGCCUCACUCAGUGCAUCAUGGGGUCAAUGCGAGCCGUGGAUGCGUUGCGCAUCGGCAAGCCAGAAGACUCUGUGCUGUGGAAGAGCAGCUACGAGGAGCUCAUUGAUUGGCAAGACAUCAGCGAGCGAAUGGACCGCACACGAAGCCGGCUGCAGUGCAUCACAAAGUGGAAGGCGAUGAACCUUCGGAUUAGCGGAGGGGACGAGCUAGCUUGCACCCAGCCCGACUCCCGGAUAUCGUUCAGGCUGGAAAAGGCCCGUCGUCAACUUGCCAGUAUGCCCGGCGAGGAGCGAUAUCGCCUCGUCGUGGCCAUCCACUGUAACGCGGUCGGCAAAGAUGUCAAGAUACCCUGGCAGAGACUGGUAGACAAGAUGUUCCGAAACCAGUGGCACAAGCGCACUCAGAUGCUUCUGUGGAGACGGCUCAGAUCUUUGACGCCCUGCCCGGCAGAGAGUACUGUGUGGAAUGCGACGCACUAUCUGAUGGAGUACUACAAGUCAGCGGGCGAGCUGCCAGAUGUUCCCGACGAGCUAUUUGACGACGCGGACGAGAUGCAAUUCAUGGAAAGCAUUGCAUCGUUUUCAAGGACCGGCAGAAGCUCGCAGGCUGACGCAGGGCCGCCUGUCAGCUCUGAAUUUGUUGCCGAGUCGGACGAGGAGAACAGCGACGCAGAAAACAAGGGCGGCGAAGCUGCCGUGCUGGGACGCGAGGGAGAGCAAGCCCAACCAUCGGGCGAGGAGAUGAAGAUAGAUCCUGCUCUAGUCGGCGCCGCCGCCGAACCCCAAGCGGCAUAUGAAUCCACGCCGUCCAAGAAGAGUAGAACUCGGGCGCCAGCAUUGAUGGAAAAUGGCGACGAGAGUGAUUUCGACGAUAUGGAGGACGUGCCCGCAAGGAUUGCGGCCAACUAA